AUGGCGGCGGCCGCAGCGGGCGAGUGGAGGGUCGUACCGAAGCGGCGCGGGAGGCGCCCGAGGCCGGCCCGGGAGGGCGCGGUCCCCGAGGCCCCGGAAGUGGGCGGGGACGGCGGCGCCGUGCGGAGGCGUGUCUGCGAGGCCCGGGAGGACCUGCUAAUCUCUGAUCUCUGGCAUUUGACGGAGGAAAUCAUCCAGAAGUGUCUUGCUAAACCUCUGGAUCAACUACAGGGAGUCAUGGCCCCCAUUUCUGAAGCCCUCCAACAUCUCCACCUUGAACCAUCACAGCACCCAGCCGAAGCACCGAAUUCCAACUUUAGGGAAGACUCGGUGAAGACGACGAGCCGUCUUAAAUGUGUUUGCUAUGGAAUCGGGAAGUUUGCUUCGUGUGUCAUAGCCUGCAACCAACUAGCAUUUUUACUUCUCUUUCUGGAAAAGUUACAGAUUCCUAGAAAUCACUGCUAUAUAUUUGAUCCUCUCUUUAAUGAACUUGAAAUUUCCGUUCUUAACACCCUCGGUCUGACUGUUCUCAGUGAGAAUGAGGAAGGAAAACGAAGUAUUUAUGGUGAAGCUACCAUCUUUUACAUGAUCCACUGUGGAACAGCUCUGUAUAACAAUCUGUUAUGGAGUAACUGGUCAGUCGACGCCCUUUCCAAGAUGAUGAUCAUUGGAAAUAGUUUCAAAGGAAUUGAAGAAAAGUUAUUAAUAAGGAUUCUGCAGAAAGAUUAUUCCUAUGUGGCAAAGAUUUUAAAAGGAACAGAAGAAAUUGAAUUUCCUCAGACAUUGCACUACAUGGACAUAUUUAACGAUACCUCCAUCCAUUGGUUUCCUUUACAAAAACUGAAAGAGCUCCCCAGUGAAAUCUGGACAUUCCAAGAAGAGCCAGACUAUCCAGAGGGUGAGGAGUUGGAAAUCAUCAGGAACCAAAGGAAGUUGCCUCAGCCCUUCCUUGGACAACAUUAAUUCACCAUUAUUGCACAGCGGACAGAAGCAAAGAGCCAUGAAGACCUGGGCUCAAGGCUGGCGUCGGACUCACACUGAGAGAUGCUGGCCAAGUCAUAACCUCUCAGUUCCCCAAGCAGCAUCCACAAGCUCCAGGGGCCACAUUCUCCACAACCAAGGCCAAACUGGGCAGACUACAGCAGAACAUCUGUGUCACCGGAAAGCUAAAAAGCAGCUGACGUCUUGGAUAAUUUCAAAGAAUUCCUUGUUUCUCUUCCCUAGAUGGACCCAGGCUGGGAGAAUUUAGAAAGAGGAACCAUAUGACAUACCAAGUCUUCCCAAUUGGGAAGGUAUUUUUGAUUUUUUAUAAACUGCUCUUGGCAAUAAAUGCUUAGCAUUUCCUUUAA